ACAUGCAAACUCCGCACAGAAAGGCCCUCGCCGGCCACGGGGCUCGAACCCGGACCUUCUUGCUGUGAGGCGAUAGCGCUAACCACUACACCACUGUGCCGCCCUACCACACAAAAUAUGGAAUAAAAGUAUGAUGGUAACGUAUCUUAUUUUUCCCAAAUUGCUCCUGUCGUUUUGCUAAUUUGUUUACAUUCUGAGCGGACAUUUUGUAUAAUCAAGUUUAAAAAAAAAAAAGCUCCAUUUCUCAAAAUCCAGUGAGUCUGGAUAGAAUAAAACAGUUAUUCCACUCAAUCUUGUCGUACAUGACUUAUAGCCAGCUCGGCACUACGCGCCUCGUCAGCCAUCAGCUCAUGUACGACUUGAUUUCAUGGAAUAACUUAAUUAUCUAGGUUGUAUUACCUGUAUUUAAAAUGACACUCGAUCAUGGAUUCACACUGUUCUCUCUCGACAGUGUCCUGUUGAUUAAUAGACCUCAUCAGGAAUAAUAUACUUCUCAAACACGUUUUAUACACGCAAUGUCCCUCAGCAUGCAAGUUCCGCCCUCUUUCUGCACUCAGCCAAUCAGCAGCCUCCCCAUUUCCCUCUCCUCUAACUGGUGAAUAAAGUGAUACAGAUAACGUGAGCUCUAGAGGAGUACUACAGAAAAUACUUUUUUGGAGACUGACCGAACCGGCACCUCCUAACGCUCUGAAACACAAACUGCAGUGAAGAUGAACCACAGCAGUGCUGAUCAGGACUGUGAGUCCACGCAGAUGCUGCACUACCUCAGUAAAGAGGAGGCUGUUGCCAUGGAGACCGAGUUGCUGAGGGACUAUCACUUUGGUCUGCAUCAGCUGACAGAAAUUUUAGGCCACGCCUGUGCUGUUGCCAUUACAAAGACGUACCCGCUGAGCACUCUGGGUAAGAGGCAGCCCACCGUACUAGUGGUGUGUGGGCCGGAUCAGAACGGUUGCAUCGGCCUGGCAUGUGCACGCUAUCUCAGAUUAUUUGAAUACAUGCCCACUGUCUUCUACCCAAAACGCUCCUCACAAAGUCCUCACCUGGACUUCACUGUACAAUGUGAGAAAAUGGACAUCCCCUUCUUGUCCUACCUGCCCACAGAGGUGCAGCUUAUAAAUGAUGCAUAUAACCUGGUGGUGGAUGCACUGCUGGGCCCAGAGACAGAACUGGGGACAGCAGAAAAAACCUUCACCAGCAUCAUUCUUACUCUCCGAGAGAUCAAAAUCCCCAUCACCAGCCUCGACAUCCCUUCAGGUUGGGACCCUGAUGAAGCCAGCACAGAUGGGAUUAACCCCAAUGUCCUCAUCUCUCUGAUGGCACCAAAGAGAUGUGCACUCAGUUUCUCUGGAAUACACUUACUUGCUGGACGCUUACUGCCCUACGAUCUUCAGAAAAAAUAUGAGCUCAACUUGCCCAAGUUCCCCAGUACAGCCUGUAUUACGGAGCUCCAUUAACAUAUCUAUGACUUUCACUAAACCUCUUUAGCAGUCAGAGCCAAUAGCUUGUCAAUCAUUUUGAUCAAUAAAGAAAGUCAUUUUAGGUGGUGGAUGUGAUUUAUUGAUGUAACGUGAGAUGUGGCACAAAGAUGUGCUUCCUGUUUACAGUGUAAAAAAUAAAAUCAUGUCUACAAACUGGUAAUUAA